AUACAGCUUUCCUGUGCUUAAUCUACCAUAGAUAUGGCUCCUCCAAACAAACAUUUCUUCAUUCCUUUCCUCUUCAUAGUUGCUAUCAUGAUGCUAUUUAUUCUUGCAGUAGCCAUCAACCAAGAACCACAGAAUCAAACUAUCUUUGUUGAUAAGGCAAACCCUCUGAAAAUAACGCCUCCCUCUCCAGUGGUCGAUCCACCUAUUCAUCAUUAAUAAUCGAAGGAACUUUAAUAGAUGUGCUAGUCCCUGCCGGAAGUACUUUAUAUUUUAAAUUUGUUAUUGUUACGAGGAUAUAUAGUCCUCAUGAUCUUUCUGAUCCUAGUUUGGCUGCAACUUGGAGGUUGAAAGGACAUGUCGAUUGUACUGCCGUUUUGUUUCUUCUGGUUUAUUUGGUUUUGGUUUGCUUCUGUUUCCUCUAAUAGAGAACUAAGAAAGGCAGGGGAAAAGAAAAAUGUUCCUAUUCG